GUGUUAUUGCGUAGCUAAGCCACUCAUACUUUUCCAUGUUUCACAAGUCACGACGCACUACUCCCCCCCGUUCCUUCUCCUAGUCCUAGGGUUCUAGUUUUUCCCCCAAAUUCAAAUACUGUGAUUCGGAUAAUUAUCAAUUCUUCCUUGUUUGAAAUUGCGGUUUAGUGAUUCGGGCUGAAACAGAUCGGCUCUCGGUGUAUGGGACGAUAUUCGCGAUGAGCGCCAGCAGCAACGGCGGUCCCGGGUCGCCUUCAAGCCGGGAGAACGACACCGUAAGAGAAGAAGACCAGACAGCCCCUUCAACCAGCGGCGGCGAUUCUGCCGAACGUUCGGGAUCCAAUACAGCGGGUUCUAUCGCAGAAUCAGCUGGAGUUUCACCUGCCGAUGAAGAUAAACCAGUUGAAGAGAGGUUUUCUGAUGAUUUUAAUGAGUAUACGGCUUUGAAGCCAGAAGAUGCGGAUAUUGGAAUUAGUGAUGCAAGCGGAGGAGGAGAUGCGAGGAAUCAACCUAGUUCUUCUGUUUCAAAGAAGACUAAGAAGAGGAAAGCAAAAGGCUCUGUGCAUGAUUAUGAUUCGAUGUUAUCGGAAUUUGAUCAGUUCGCAUCGAAAGGAGCAAAUGAAGCUGUUGGAUAUGGUUAUGAAAUUGGAGAUAUGGUGUGGGGAAAGGUGAAAUCACACCCGUGGUGGCCGGGGCACAUUUACAAUGAGGCACUCGCUUCUCCAUCUGUUCAUAGAAGCAAGCGGGAGGGCCAUGUCUUGGUAGCAUUUUUUGGGGACAGUAGCUAUGGCUGGUAUGAUCCGGCAGAAUUAAUCCCCUUUGAAGAGAACUUCUUGGAGAAGUCGCAGCAGACUUCUUCGCGGCCUUUUUUGAAGGCAGUGACAGAAGCUGUAGACGAGCUGUCCCGAAGACGAGCCUUGGGUUUGGCAUGCCGGUGCGGGAAUGAGUUCAAUUUCUGGCCCUCCAGUGUGGAGGACUACUUUGUUGUUGAUGUGGGGGACUAUGAGCCAGUUGUUUAUUCUUUGAGGCAGAUAAAUAAGGCAAGGAAUAGUUUUCAUCCAAAUGAGAUGCUUUCGUUGGUCAAACAAUUGGCAUUGACACCUUUGGCACCCCGGGAUCAGACCAUUGAGUUUAUUAAGAACAAGGCCACGGCCUUGGCAUGCAGGAGGGCAUUGUUCGAGGAGUUUGAUGAGACAUAUGCACAAGCCUUUGGAACAACACCAGUGCGGCCUUCCCGGCCAACUGCCCCAAUGGCUGUGAACCCGUCUAGAGCUCCUUUGAGUGGCCGACUGGUGACUUCCGAUUCCCUUGGUAAGAAGAAAAACCCUAUAAAGCCUACCAAAACGAAGGAUCAAGUGGAAAAGGACAAAUAUAUAUUUAAACGAAGAGACGAAGCCAUCCACGUUAGGACCAAGAAAACAAGUUCGGGCCAAGUAGGCCCUGCUUAUCCAGUUUUGUUAGAUGGAUCAGGGUUAUCUGAGACACGUGUAUCUGACAUCAAAGAGGGCACAGACCAGGCAUCCAUGGUGGGUGAUGUAAAACCUUUGGACAUCAAAGAGGGCGCAGACCAGGCAUCCAUGGUGGGUGAUGUAAAACCUUUGGAUGGCUCCAAGAAAGUUCUUGAAGGUAAGUCGAAAAAGCCAAAGUUACUGAAGCGGCAUGCUGGGGAAUUGAGCAAUGAAAAUGCAACCCUGGUUAUAAAGAAAAAGAAGAGGAAGAAAGAAAUAAUGACUGAGCAACCAUCGGGGGAAUUGAGUUCUGAGAAUGUAACUGUGAAUAAGAAGAAGAAGAAGAUAAAGAAAGAAAUAAUAAAUCAAGCCACUUUGGAUGCAGCAAAGUUGCCCCCUGCCAACAUUAACAGUGGAGAAGCAGUGGAAAAAGUCUCUGGAGUGCCACUUGAUAUUCCACUUAGUGCCACUGAUAACCAGCUGGACAAUCAGAAGAAUGAUGGUUUUGUAGCCCUCGCCUCAUCAUCGGAAGCAAAGAUGUCCAUUGACCUUGGAGAAAAAGAGCUUCCAGCGGUACUGGAAGACCUGCGUGCUCUUGCCAUCAAUCCCUUUCAUGGAGUGGAGAGGAGCUGCCAAGCAACUGUCUUCCCAUUGUUCUUGAAGUAUCGCUCUGCUGUCUAUCAGAAGAGCUUGGUUUUAUUGCCACCAGAUGAGACAGAGAAGGGUGCCACUAAUUCCAGUAAAGCACCUUCUACUGCUUUGCACGUUCCUCCUGAGAAAACUCGCGAUAAGCCAACCAUGAAGCUCAAGAGAACUCUCAUCAGGCCUGAUGAUCCAACCAAAGGUGGUAGGAAACAUGGUCCACCGAUUCGUCCAGAUGCAGUUAAGAAAAAGAGGAAGCUUGGUGACCCAGAGGAUACUAACACGAGGAAGAAACUUAUUGAUUCAGAAGACAUUACAGACAUUAAGAAGAAGAAGAAAAAGAAGAUAAUAGAUGACCCAAAAUUAGUCUCCGUGGACAAGAAGACUCUGCAGAGGUCCAACGAACCCCAGCGAGGGGAAGAUGUGAAGGAAAUGCGUGCUAAGAAUGCUUUGCCGGCAUCAUCAAAGGCACCCAAACUAGAAUCCAGCCAGAGGAUGCAGAAGCCAGUAAGAUCGGCUGAUCCAACUAUGCUAGUCAUGAAGUUUCCUGCUGGUGCAGCGCUUCCAUCUAGUGCUCAUCUGAGAGCAAAGUUUGCUCGUUUUGGUCCUCUGGACCAUUCAGCCACCCGAGUGUUUUGGGAGACAUACACAUGUCGCCUGGUCUAUCAGCAUAAGGUCGACGCAGAAGCGGCUCUGGAACAUGCUCUCGGAAGCGACAAUCUGUUUGGGAGCAGGAACGUGAGGGCCUACAUCAGGGAAGUGAGAGACAAAGCAGUGGAAGCAGAACCAGUCAAGCUUCAGAAGGAAGGCAUCUCAAAGCCUAGAGAGGCCCCCCCGGCGGCUGCUGCUGCUGCUGCUGAACAGAGGACAGCCAGUAGAAUUCCUGUGCAGUCGCAGCAGCUGAAGUCGUGCCUGAAGAAACCAUGUAGCGAAGAUGUUGGUAAUGGCAAUGGUAGAGGUACUCGUGUAAAGUUUAUUUUGGGAGGGGAGGGAGGUAGCAAGACUGAACAAGUUUCUUCUAGUUAUCCUGAGGGUGCACCGUCAUCAUCAUAUACUACUACACAUUCUACAGAUGUUACUAGUAAGAAUUUGCCUAAAUUUGGUCCAGAGUGUAUCGUUACGCCUUUGCCUAUGCCUUCACCUUCGCCUUCGCCUAGUCAUCAGUUGCAGAAACAUCCGGUUGAUGUGGGUGGCGUUGAGCUAUUACCUAAAAAUGACAUUUCGCAACAGCUUCUGAAUCUACUAAGUAGGUGCAGGGAUGUGGUAAAUAACCUGACUGGGGCGUUAGGCUAUGUGCCGUACCAUUCUCUUUAAGAAAUCAACGUAACUACUGGUGGUUUAGAUGCGUGGCAAAAUCAAGGCUGAAAGCUGGGAUGAUGAAGAGAUCAAAUUUUGCAUGUAUUUUAUUUAUCUAUCACGCCACUUUUUACUUGUAUGUGUUGCUUUCAUGAAGAUAAUAAUUAUUUAAAUAUACUAGGGGGAAAAGAUGUUUGCUCAUCCUCUCUUCUGUUUGAUGUUA